AUGCCGCUACUACGAAAACAGCCGUUUUUACGUGAGCAGCCAUCACCUGACCUUACUCCAGACAGUGAAGUGUUUUUCUGCAGAAUAACUAAAGAAAUAUUCACAGAUUAUGAGAGUUUUUUUGAGAGAAUUAUACUGUGUAAUAGCUUGGUAUGGUCGUGUGCAAUCACUGGUAAAUCCGGGCUGACUUAUCAAGAAGCUGUAGAAUGUGAAGAAAAAGCCAAAAAGAAUCUGUCAUCUUUUCCUUCCUGCAUUCAGAAGCCAAUUUUAUAUCUGGCCACCAAAACACACCGAACUCGACUCAAUGAUCUUAAUGAUGAUAUUUUUGGUUUUGUUAAAGAACGAUUUUUUCUUGGAGAAGUUGUAGAUGUGGUCAUCAACGAUGUCAGGAGAACAUGUGAAGUUAUCAAGAUUAUACCACCACCUGGGGAAGCUAAAAAUGGAGAUGUCAUUGUUAUUGAUGAUGAUGAAGAAGAAAGUGUUAAACCCCCAGCACUACAAGAACCAGCUAAAUAUAAAUAUGUUGUAAAAGAGAAGAAAGGUGGUGCCAUGUCUACUGUCAGAUGCAGUGUUAUCAGUCGUAAGAACCGCGUAUAUACAAGAGAUAAGAAUAAGUUAUAUUUGAAAUUACAUUGUGAACCUGUUGAUGGAGUGUGGAAGGUCAAGGAUGAGAGUAAAUUGAAAUUCAAGUUGAAUUCCUGCAAGUUUGAUCAGUUUUACGCUGGACCAAUGCCAACAUUUGAAGUUUCUAGUCAAAAGAAAAAGCCGGCCAGUAAAAAAUCAGACGGCAAACCUGGUACAGAGGGGUCAGCAUCGAAGAAAUCCAAAACAAAGGACAAGAAACCAGAUCCUGCUAAACACAAUCCAUUUAUACCUGACUAUGGUGUGGAUCAAGAAACUCUAUUAAAAAUGACCACGGAAGAAAGAGCUGCACAAAGAGAGAAAGUCAAACAGGAGAGACUGGAAGAGAGAGAGAGAAAAAAAGAAGAAAUUAGGAAAAGGAAUGAAGAAAUUAGAAAUAAAAAGAGAGAGGAAAAGGCAAAGGAAAGAGAAGAACUAAGAAAGGAGAAAUUUAAACAACUAGAGAUAUUGAGAGAAUAUAACAGAAUAAGAGAAGAUAUUGAACUUGAUGACCUUAAGAUAAUGCCGGAGUUUACACCAGUUUCAACCAGGUUACCAAGUGAAUUAUUCGGAGAAACUAUGCAUGUUUUAGAGUUUACACAUUGUUUUAAAACUAUGUUUGAUUUUAAACAGUUCUUUCCUAAAGGUUUCACUUACGGUAUGUUAGAAUCAGCUAUAUUAGAUAAUGAUACAGAUGGUCCACUAUGUGAUUUACUACAGAUGUUACUAGUGGCUAUUUUUACUCUUCAAGAAGAAGAAGCAGAGGAGGUGGCAGAGCUGGAAACUGAAUCGUCAAUACGUGAUGAUGAUCAAGAUGAAUCAUUAACCAAUCAGCUGAUAGAACAGGCUACAAUGAUAGCUCAAACUCCACAACAAGUUCAUGGAUUGCCGUUAAAAAAGAUGCUACUUGAUCAAUUUACUCUUUCUGAGAUUCUUCGACUUCAUUUGAUGUCAGCCGGUUGUAAAACUACGAUACGUAACGCCAGGUUCCGAUAUCAACAGCGUGGUGGUUAUACUUCACAAGAUGACGCUGGUUUAGAUUUUAAAAUAACAGACAUGAAUCUGUUGAAAUCGUUAAAUUCUAAAAACGUGUAUGAUCUUCAACCAGAGGACAAGUUAAAAAUAAUCAGUGUCUUGUUACAACAAAUAUUAUCUUACGCUGCUAUUAGAGAUUUGAUAGAUGAAAGUUUUGAUAAAAUACGUACAUUGAAAUAUGAUUUAAAACAACUACAAUGGGCAGAACAACGUAGAGAACGAGAAGACGCUGCAGCAAGGUAUAAAAAGCAACAAGAAGAUAAGAUGAAAGAAAGAAUGAAAAAAAUGAAAUUAUUGAUGGAACAAAAUCCUAAAGCAAACAUCGAAGGAGCAGUUAAAGAUCAGAAUGAAAACAAAAUGGAGGUAGAUGAAGAGGAAGAAGAAGAACUGACAGCAGAAGAAAAAGAAGCUCAGGAGAGAAAAUAUCAAGAAAAAGAAGUGAAGAAAAAGCUAGAGUUUGCCAGAAAAGAGGAAGACUUCAUGACCGAGAUUAUGGAAUUACAACAAAAUAUAGCCACUUAUCCUCUUGGUCGUGAUAGAAUGUUCAGACGCUACUGGUUGUUCAAGUCUAUGAAUGGAAUUUUUGUGGAAGAUAACUCUUUAUUUGUUGAUGAAGAAAAACUAUUUUGUUACGAAAGUCAGACUCCAGUCUGUGACACGGACAAAAACAAUACAAGCAGUGACAAGGAAAAUGACUUGUACCCUGAUGACAAGGGAGACAACUGCAUUGUAAUCAGUGAUGAUGAAAGUAGGUCAAAUGACGGAAAAGAACAAUUUAUUAAAAUACCAGACACGCCAGCAAUUUUACAAAUCAAGGAAAGAGUGAAGUACUCUUGGUCUUUUGUUUCACCAGGAUGUUUGGAUCAGUUAUUGAAUGUACUCAAUCCUCGUGGGUUCCGCGAAAGUUCUCUGAAACAGACUAUCACAGAAAUCAAGCCGUUAGUCGUGAAUUCGUUAGACAGAUGUGAGACGGAGGAAUUGUGUCAAUCAGGAGUGGAUACGGAAGAAGCGAGGAUUAAGGCGCUAGCGCUAACUCGAGGUAUCGCCAGUAAAAAGGCAGCUCAAGACACUUUGAAACGUGAUUCAGCAGAUGUAGACCUAGAGUUAAAUUUACGAGAUGCUAUUCUAGAUAUUGAAGACAGAAUGUUUGUUGGAGCUCUGGGGUAUUUAAAGGUUGAAGACAGGGGGGUGUGGAGAUCUAAAAUAGAAUCAAAUGCUUCAGGAAAUUUAGCUAAUGGUGGCAACAGUGGUGAUGCCCCAUUAGAGAAUGAAAAGGACAGUGUUAAAGAAUUAUCACAAGCCUUGUUUGAAAUAUCAGAGGGCAUUGACCAUAGAUAUCUUCAAUUACCUUUAAAAGAAUCUGAUGGAAAGAAGAAGGGUGGUAAGGGAGAUAAGAAGAAGAAAAAGAAGGAAGAAGAGAUAAAGGAUGGAGACGACAGUGAUGAUAACAAAGAAGAAGAAAAAAAGAAAAUAACGACAUUUGAUAAAUGGCAGGAGUCUUUGAAACAUGUGACGUCUUUAUCCCAAGUUUACUUAUAUUUAUCUACGUUCGAAAAGAGCGUCAUGUGGGACAAAUCGGCUCUCCAUGCUCGCUGUCGAUUGUGUCGUAAAAAAGGCGAUGCUGAACGUAUGUUACUAUGUGAUGGAUGUGAUAGAGGUCAUCAUAUGGAUUGUUUGAAACCACCUAUAAAGAAAGUUCCAGUGGGUGAUUGGUACUGUCCUAACUGUCGCCCUAAAGAAGUGAUCAUCAGAAGCCCCAGGAAGGGGAGGAGACGUACGUUUACUGAUGAUGAGGAAGUGGAAGAGGAAGGGAGUAGCCAGGAAGAGGAGGCUGAAGAGGAAGAGGAAGAGGAAGAAGAUGCAUGCAGCGAGGUUGAUGAAGAAAGUGAGGCAGAAGAGGAAGAGGAAGAAGAAGCAGAUGAGUCAAUGGAAGACGACAAUGAAAACACCUGCUCAGUUUGUAAUACACCAGGCAUGUUGAUCUGCUGUGACUGUUGUCCUAAAUCGUACCACUUGGCCUGCGCUAUCCCUGCCUUGAAGAAAAUACCACGUGGUAAAUGGCUCUGCCAGGAAUGUUUGGGCAUCAAUAAAGUUGGCAAAGUCAAAUUUGGACAGAAACAAAAAGCCAAGAGAUCCUCCAAAUCUAAUUUAGCCGUACUAGCUAGAAAUAGUCCGAAACACAGUCCUGCCUCAACACCUCGAUCAUCAACUAAAGGUGAAUCUGAUGAUGAUACUCCAGUACGAUCUGCCAAAUCCAGGAGAACCACUCCACGAACAACAGAAAAAGAAGAUAACAGUGCUAAGAAAUCUAAAAGCGGAAGUAGAGGUAACGCUAAAAUCCAGCAUUUAAAGAUGGCAGAAGAAUUAAUAGCUGAUCUCGUCAAGCAUGAUGAUGCCUGGCCAUUUUUAAAACCAGUCAACAGACGAGAGGUUCCUGAUUAUUAUGAUGUCAUUAAAGAACCAAUGGAUUUCCAAACGAUCAAAAAUAAAAUUCACAAGUUUGAAUAUCGCGAUCCAAAUCAGAUUGUUGAAGAUGUGAAAUUAAUAUUUUUUAAUUGUGUGGAAUACAAUAACAGGAACACACCUCAGUACAAGUCAGGGACAAUACUCAAUAAAUAUUUUCAGAAACGUGUCAAAGAAUUGGCGUUGGACGUUGAUGAUUAUGUUCCACCACCAUCUAAAAAAUCCAGACACUAG